CGCUGUGGAUUCACACGUGAAGUUAUUCAAAUCAAGAAUUCAGUAUUUACGGCCUUCCAAAAAUACCACGUAUCCAAGGCUACGAUUUUGCCAAGCGAGAGGAAAGGGGGGGAGGUUGCGACGAUCUUCAAGAUCUUGAUUGUGAGCUCGACCACCAAGAUUCGCAAAGUCACGAGAUACCAAAAUAUCUUGCAUUCAGGUCCUUGACAAGGCCGAUUUUGUGGCGGAAGUCUGGAAGAAGGGAAGCAAGCUUACUUUCGCUGAUCUUCAGUAUCUCGAAUAUCCUGCUUCGAGCUUCCAAGGUUCUCAUCAACAACACGCUUCCCAUCACGAGAUACCAAAAAUAAACUCGCCUGCCUGUGCAUCUCUUCAACCUCAAGCGAAAAAGAAAGGGGCUCGCCAUGACUUCACCUCGCCUCCCUACCAAAACCGACCUCCCCUCCUCCCUCACACUCGACAUCAUCCCUCCAUCUACUGGCUCGCCAAUCAACAUCCUCAUCCUUCUGCACGGACUGGGCGAUACUCAAGCCUCAUUCGCACAACUAGGCAAGAAUUUAAAUCUCCCUGAGACAGCUUGUAUCAGUAUUCGUGGUCCAAAUCCUAUCCCGCCAAUCUUCACAGGCAGUGAUACUCCUGCUUUCCACUGGGGCGACGAUGUCUUGGUUGAUGAAGCAAAAGGAGAUAUUGACCUUGACGCUGGCUUCGAUACUUGCCAAAAGAUCUUUGGAAAUAUCAUCCAGGACGUAUUAAUCACAAAGUGUGGAUAUCCACCAAGAAAUGUUCUCUUUCUCGGAUUCGGUCAAGGCGGAAUGGCAGCCUUGCAUGUAGCAUCUCUCUCCUCGGGAGAAUUCGGCGGAGUCGUAAGCAUUGGAGGUCGAUUACCUUCUUCCAGCAAAUCAGGACCAAAAAGCAAGACUCCAGUGCUAGUUUGUGGUGGAAGUCGGAGCAGCCAGGUGACCAAGAGUGCAAUCGAGGGACUGAAGGAGAGGUUUGUGGAUAUGGAGUACGUGAAGUGGUCAAAGAACGAGGACUCGAUGCCGAAGAGCAGAGAAGAGAUGUUGCCGAUCAUGAAGUUUUUUGCUAGGAGGUUGAGGAGUAGGGCUGGAGUACCAGAAGGCGCCGUUGAGGUGUGAGGGUACUGUGGGGACUUUGCAUUAAAGGCACUGAGAUUCUUUAAGAACCUCUUAGAACAUUAGC